AGUGAGACGCCUACUAGAGGAGUUUAUUCACAUCGACUGUAGAGCUUCACUAAACCGCUCUUCUCUUCAGCUCUUCUGUCAGUUUAAGAAACAUUCACUGUAUUUAUGUUUGGUUAGUUUUACAUGUAGCCUUUUUUAUUUUUUAUUUUUUAAGGACAAUUAAGGACUGUUUUUAUUUGGAACUAUUCAGUGAAAUGCUGAAGAAAAGGUUUGACAUGUUUAUUUUCUUCUGCUUGUGGAGCAUGUCUGGUGUGUUUGGUGCUGAUGAAGUGAAGUCAGUGUCAGUGUUGGAGGGAGAUUCUGUCACUCUAAACCCUGAUCUCACUCACAUACAGAAAGGUGAUCUAAAGUGGAAGUUUGAACAGUUUCUCAUAGCUAAAAUCAACACAGAGAACAAUGAAAGGACAUAUCAUAAUGAUAGUGCUGGUGGGAGAUUCAGAGGCAGACUGGAGCUGGAUCAGACUGGAUCUUUGAGCAUCACAAGCACCACAACUGAACACACUGGACUUUAUGAAGUAUACAGCAGGAACAGCAGCAAUAUCCCACUCUACAAAUUCAGUCUUACUGUCUAUGCUCGUCCGCCCAUUCCUGCCAUCAACAGAGACUCUUCACAAUGUUCAUCAUCAUCAUCAGAGCAGAAUUGUUCAUUGUUGUGUUCAGCUGUGAAUGUGAGUCAUGUGACUCUCUCCUGGUUCAAAGGACACAGUUUAUUGUCCAGCAUCAGUGCGUCUGAUCUCAGCAUCAGUCUCUCUCUACCUCUGGAGAUGGAAUAUCAGGAUAAAAACACCUACAGCUGUGUGAUCAACAAUCCCAUCAGCAACCAGACUAAGCUUCUCAACAGCACUGAACUCUGUCAGCCAUGUGCAUAUAACUCAGUCUCUCUGAUAGUGUUGAUCUCUGCUGCUGCUGCUGCUGUUGGAUCUCUGAUGAUUGUAGCAUUUGGGGUAUUCUGCAUCUGCAGUAAACACAGAAAAACAGACAAAGAAGUUCAGACUCAUUCAGAGGAGAUCACUUACGCUGAUCCAACAUUCUACAAAAGAAAAACACAGAAAACGAGAGUUCAAGAGGAGGACGAGGUGGUGUAUGCAGGAGUCACCAUGAGACGCUGAUCAAACUCCUGAUCAAACUCUGAUUCUGUUUAAGGGCUGCCAACUUUGUGUUAUUAUUAUUAUGGUCCCACUUUAUAUUAGGUGGCCUUAACUACUGUGUACUCACAUUUAAAUGAAUCAUUUGGUACAAUGCACUUACUGUGUACAUACAUGUUUUUACAUAGUACUUAUAAUUUUAAAAAUACCUAUAUGUAAUUACAUCUGUAAUUAAUUUCUAUAAUUACAUUGUUGACCCAUCCCUUAAACCUACCCAACCCACCCCACCCCACCCCACCCCACCCAACCUGUUCCUAACCUUACCCGUAUCCCACCUCAGUAGCAGCAAAGGUGUUUUUCAAUACAAUAUGACCACAAUGAGUACAUUGUACUUAUUUUUUGAUGCAAGUACAUACAGAGUGAAAAGAACUCUCCAUGUAAGACCACACUCAAAAGUGUGAAAGUGUUAAAAUAAGUGU